AAACUCUCUGACUACUCAGUCAGCCGCCCAAGAAGAUCAUCAAGAUCAAGAAAGAAACAAUGCAACUCUCACUGCUUCAAAUCUCUUCUUCUUCUUCUUCUUCUUCUUCUUCGUCAGUGUUCUACUUCAGAUCUGACUACUCUACGAUUCAUACUCUCUCCAACUCCAGCCCGUCUUGUUUACUUCUUCAAAAGUCAAUCUUUCCUGGGUCGACCAAGUUAACCCGCCAUCGUUAUCGGAAGAAAAUCUCAAAUGGGUCUACUCGUGCUUCCUUGCUUGAGACCCCUGUCUUAUGGGCUGGUCGAAUUUGUGUCUUCUACGCUCUUGUGAAAGCUGGUUUUGCUGGAUCCAAGUCUAACCCUAUCGUUUCUGGUUUGUGUUGUUUGGAAAGCGGUGGUGUUGAUGUUGACGAUGAUCUUGGUUUUUCAAAAUGGCUUCAGAACAUUAAGGGCAACAAACCAGAAAAGGAUGCAGCUGAUAAGAGGAAGCUAGUGAGCAAAUGGCACCCGACAACAAAGGGAACACUUAGAAGAAACUACAGGGUACCUUCCAAAGGGGAAGGCAACCGUCUGCUUAAAGCCAUUGCGUCUCUUCUCUCUGAUGAUGAUCAUUUUAGAGAUGCAACAUCUCACAAGGGUUGUCAAAUACGACGGGAGAGUGCUCACGGUCAAAGCGUAUGUUGCAACAACGUAAGAGCUCUGUUUGAUGAGUUACCUACGCCUCAUUUGGUGGUGGAGAUCACACCUUUUCCUGCCGGACCCCUUACAGAGAACGAUUACCUCAAGGCCGAGAAGCUGGAAAGGAUUCUUAGGUCAGGCCCCAACAUUUGAACCCUCUCGCACUCACAGUCACAGAUACUGUUCUACUUCAAAAUCUAGAAUCUGUACAUACUCUACCAUGUCUUAUUUUGCAGACGUUCAAAUGUUUGUUUAGACUCUAUCAAAGUUUUAGUUUCUUGUGAAAAAAUAAAAUCGUUAAUGGUCUGUUAUGGUAUGAAAGUGUAUCAAACUGAUUUGGCAAAAA